UGCUUUUUCGAUUUGCUGCUAAAACAUUGUUACUGAUUUUUCGGCUGUAAAAGCUUCCAAUUCUAAAAUAUUUGGGAUAAUAUUUCCAAAAUUUUCUCGAAAUUUAGGAAUUGGGGUUUAGAAAUUUGUGAAAUCAGUAACAAUCGGAUUUACCAUAUCACUUUUGGCUUCUCAAAUUUGAGAAGUUUUGUAAAAUUUGCAGACCUUCUUCAAUCCUACGAACCAACAAAAUGGCUGAUAAAGAACCCAAUGGAGCUGAAUUCACUUUAAAAGUUAUGGUAAAUAAACAGAAAACCAAAGUACUCUUUGCAGAAAUCGAAAGCGAUUUCGCAGACGUAUUGCUAAGCUUCCUAACUUUGCCGUUGGGAAAGAUUGUGAGGGUUCUGAAGAAGCACUACGCAGACGAUCAACUGACACGUGUCAAUAUCGGAAGCUUAACAACUUUGUACGACGGCUUAUCGAACCUCAACAACGUCUGUUUCUGGACGGAUGGUUGUAAGGAGAUGCUUCUCGAUCCGAGAAGUUCGUUGGAAGCCGAAUGUCGUAAACUGAAGCUCGAUAUCCACGAAACUCAGUCCACCAAGUACUUUCUGUGUGAAAACUCGAAAUGCAGUUACUCGACAGCCGCAAGUGUGUACCGCGAUACUGUUAAAUGCAGUUGCGGGAAAACUAUGAAACGAGAAGUUGAUUUGAAGGAGUUUCAGAGUGAUAGCAAAAAUGGAGUUUUUACCAUUAACGCAGCUUCUUUCUUGAUCUCCGAUAAUCUUCGAAUGAUGCCUAAUGUGGCAGUUUCCAUAAUGCAAACCCUUACGAAUCUCGGCAUUACAGACAGUGUUGGCGCCGAGCUAAUGAAUGUGACUUUUCGAUUCGAUGAGGUUAUGGAUUUGCUCAAGGGGUCGUUGCUAUCACAGACUCCACUAACGGAUAUCGUAUUCAAGAAAGGAAAGAUCGAAUCUGCCACAAAAAAAUACGAAACGGAAACUGUAUUGGAUCCGAUCGAGAAAGAGGCGGAUUCGAACUCCAAGAAGAUGAUCUUGAAACUUAUGGUGCAAGAAUCGACAAACAAGUUAUUGUUUGCUCAAGCCGAGGAAGAUUUCGUAGAUUUCCUUUUCAGUUUGCUCACAAUCCCACUCGGUGGAGUACUCGACUGUGUUUUGGGCAGUGUUAAUACGAUUACUACCGGUCUCAAGAGUAUAGAGAAUUUGUACAAGAGCGUAGCAACUCUUAUCGACGACAAGUAUCUCGUGAAUCCCGAUGCGAAAACGAAGCUAAUGAAACCGAAACUAAUUCACGGUUGCAUGCCCAAAAACCAGAUUCUUCCACUGAACGAAGAAAGUUCUCAACGACUGUGUUACAAUCGAGAUGUCGACCUCGGCAAAGAAUGGCUGUCGUAUUCCUAUUACGGAAGGGCGCUGUGUCUGAAAGGGCAGAGGGAUUACGUUAAGGGGCCCACAAUGUAUAUGGUGAGUGACGACUUAACGGUGGCGCCUUUGUGUAUGAUAGCAAGCCUCUCUAUAAUGAAGGAAAUGAAAAUCCCGUUAUCUGAUGUCAAAGAAGUCGAGGUGCAAAUUGGAUUACAUGAGGCUUUAAGCAUAUUGAAGGCAUCUCUUACAUCGACUUGUGCACUAACUGAUGGCCUGAUGAUCAAGCCCGUGUCGAUUAAAAAACCUAAGCGAGAACACUGAGGACUUAACCCUACUGAAUCAUAUGCAUAUUGUAGUAAUUUUGAGAUUUCUUGUCUAAAGCAAGAACACUAAGGUCGAUUUUCUUUUUAAGUUCCGUAUCUGGUUUUCUUUUCCCUUUUUUUUCGAGUUACGUUCUUGGUUUUCGAGUAAUUUGAUCGGUCAUUUGAUUAUUGGGUUUAUAAUUCGAAGAAGAAUCGGUGAUUAGGACUGA